UCGCAAUCAGAAAAACAAGCGAGAAUUUUCGUCGAAUUUCCGCUUCAUGACCCACAGUGACUCCUCCAAAGUCUGGAAACCAGUCCUGGGGUUACCGCCGAUCAGUGAUCUUUUUCUUGCAGAGCCUGCAUCACCAUCAGCGGGCUGUGCUACGCGAUCAAAAGUGUGUUGGUUCGCCGCCGCGCGAUCAGCAGCGGCUUUGCCAGUGAGUUUGUGUGUGUGCUCGCGCGCAUGCGGCGGAGCGGAGGCGUACACCGCCGCAUCAUUGAAGAAUUACUAUCCGCGAAGCGCGGAAUACCAAUUGCGCAAAAUAACAUCGGUAUGGGUCCCGCGAAGAAAAGUGAACCCUCUAAAGUCGUGAAUUCCGUGGCUCGGGAGCAUAAAACUCGCGACAGCGACUGAAUGCCCGUGUACAAACGUUCCUUUACAAGAAGAAAAGAAAUAAUCCGCCUUGCUUCGACAAUUCGCGGGAGUGAGGUUUUAUUCAGUGGAGGACGACAACAAAACAGGGACAACGGUUGCCAUUUGGUGCAACUGUUCGUUCUAUGUGGGAGCGGCUGGCAGUGGAUGUGGACGAGAAGCAGCAGGGAGUCAACCAACAGUGUAAAUAAGAAAUUCAUGUGAGUUCAACGACGGUGCAUGCAGCGAACAACGAACGCGAGUGCAAGAAGAAAGUAACGUGAACUGGAGUUUUCCAUAGGGAUAUGACAAAAGGCAUUCGCUGUGGGAGUGCCGUAUAUUAAAGGUAACAACACGAACCAUUCAGACGGGAUUGUGAAUGAUUAUUUUCAAUGAUUUUUUAUUAGAUCAAAAUCAAUAGACCAUGUGAAACAGGACAAAUACCCCCAGACAUGCAUAAUGAGUCUACAGUACAAUCGACGAGGGACAAACCGCUCCCCAACAGUGUACCGGAAAACACAAAUCGAACUCCCUUGCACGAGGCGGCAUCGAACGGGGAUGAGGCGGCGGUGGAAACACUGCUGGCUGCUGGAGCCGACCGGAACGCGAAGGAGUCACUGCAUGGAAAUACACCACUGCAUGAGGCCGCCUGGAAGGGCUAUAGCCGAAGCGUAAAAAUUUUAUGUUCCUUACCAAAAGUUCAGAAACCGGGUGCUGUCGGGAGUCACUCAAACGGUGGUCCCAAAUUAACCAUCGACCUGAUUAAGGAUUCCAGCAAGAUCAAGAACGUCAUCCAGGAUACGAAGGGAGCGCUGCACAGUGCCCUGCUCGGGACACGUAACUUCGGAGGCUUCUCGGCGUUGCAUCUGGCGGCUCAGAACGGGCACAACCAAAGUUGUCGGGAGAUUCUACUCGCCGGAGCCGAUCCCGAUGUGCAAAACAAUUACGGCGAUACCCCUCUUCAUACAGCGUGCCGCUAUGGCCAUGCCGGUGCCAUCCGAAUUCUCCUCUCAGCCAAGUGCGACUUCGAACGGAUCAACCUAAACGGCGACACGGCACUGCACAUAGCCUGUGCCAUGGGUAGGCGAAAGCUGACCCGAAUUCUGCUGGAAGCUGGUUGUAAGCAGGAAACUAAAAAUGCUCAAGAUGAAACACCUCGAGACAUUGCCAUUCGGAAGAACCUUAUCGAAAUCCUCAACAUCCUCAACACUCCGGUGCAAAUUUCUCCGCGCAAUGCCAGAGAACGCAGCUCGAGUAGUUCUCACCGGAAGGCUCGCGAUGGUAAAAGUGGGGAACGAUCGCGAAGCAAAGAGGAUCACAAGUCACGAGAUAAGUCCCGGGGACGCGGUGGCUAUGACCAACGCUAUGACGUCGAUCCUCAGCAUUGGUCCCCGUACGGGUGCCAUUACUUUCCUGAUCCAAGAAAUUUCCCCUCGCCCAAGUUGGAAACGUUACCGAAAGAACCAUUAGCGAGCGGAGAGCAGUACUUUCUGGAUUUAGCCGGCAACAUUCGGAAAGGACCCGUUGGGGUAGGCAACACGUGCUAUUGUGCGCCGUUCUUCAAGCACCUCGAGCAACGAAUGAACCAAAACAGGAAGAGUAUACGAAAAUAUGUGCACAGAGCAACGGAGAAGCUGGACAGUCGAAUGACUGCACUUGCUAUGAAGACGGAUGAUCAGAUCGAGGAACUUACGAAAACAAUGAUCGCCAGUAGGGUUCAGUGUGAAAAUAAACGAUUGCAUCUGGAGCAGUGGCUGAAACGCGGUAUAGCGGAACGAUCAACCGGAACGCACAAUUCGAAAACGAGAAAGGAUGAAGCCAAUACCAACACGCUGACCCGUUGCAGAAGUCUAGAACUGUUGGACGGCAGUGAGGGCAUUUUGGAAGAUCGAAUAAAAUCUUCUACGCCCCAGUUUUCGCGUAGCAUAGACUUCCUAGAUUCCCAGGAUAAUCUGCCGGAUCACAAGCGUCCCGACUAUUCAGACCACUUCGAAAGCUCGAAUAACUCCAACGUUAAAAAUCAUUCGGAAGCGGAAGAAUCAAGCCGGCGGACGCCCCUCCGAAAGUUCGACGCUGAACAGCGGAACGGCAGCAAACGAUCGUCCUCGAUCAGCCACUCCGGACACGAUAGCUAUUGCUACUCGGAUAAGGAUAACGAUAAGGAAAAGAACCACCAUGUGAUAUACCAGGAUCGGGUGCCAAGUUCAGCCUACGGAGGCAAUUCGUCCAAAGAAGAAAAGAAAGUAUCGUCGUCGGCGGGGUCGUCCAGCUACGAUCACAAAAACGAGAAAAUUAAGGUCACCGAGAGGCUGGAGGAGUUGUUGAGUAAAACCAAGAAAAUUCUAGAGCUGGAGAAGAUGACUAAGAAAAAGCAUAGUGAUAAUAGGUACAUUUUGGCAUUGGACCGAUUGAAGGACAUCCAUCACUACGAUAACAACCCACAGCUGUACCACCAGACGUCUUCAAAGCGUGACUCCACUGGUCACGGUUACGACAUAGCACAAGAAAUGGAGAAAAUCACCCAAUCCCUACUUCCUACUGCCCCAGUUUCUCCGGAAAUUUCCAAAGAUAUUACAACUCGCAAGGAACGAUCAUCAAACUCGCAAAGCUCGUACCGUGUUCCCUCUGGGCUCAAUGGUCAUAAUUCUGCUUCGACGCCCCACUCCACCAUGUCCCCUAGUUCAUCCCUGUUGGGAGGAAACAAGCAUCCAGCGUAUUACGAAGCGCACAUGACAUCUACAAAUUUCAACGAAACGUUGUCCGAGAUCGUCAGCUAUCAGGAUUCGGAUCAUGAAACACACGUGGACAGCGUGAACACCCAGAUGGUGAAUGGAUUCUAUGCAAACAACUGCUUCGAAGAUAUUCCCAGCUCUUCGAAUACGACAAUCAAAUCUGCUCCAAAUCACAGCAGAAAAAAGCAGACGUUGAAUGAUCAGGAAGAUGAGAAUGCUUGUAGCAACGACGAUGAAGGGCAAGAUGAUGACGAGGAUGAGGAAGAUCAAGAAGCCGACGGCGAUGCGGUUAAUACAGAGAAAGAUUGGGAAUCUGAUGAUCAGUGUGAUUUAUCUGAUAUGGCAAAUUUGGCGCAAUUGAAGGAACUAAAAAGCAGAAUACUCAACGGUACCAGCUGGAGAAGUCAGGUACUUCAGAAAAGCGUACAAGAUUUGUUCCAAAAAACUUCAGAAGCUAAAGAACAGUUCAUUGAUCAAGAUAUGGUAGAUCAUGAAACCAAUGAGGAUACCUCUGAUGGAAUGUCUGAACAAAAUCGCGUGAAGUAUAUCAUAUCUAAGCUACAGAGCAGCUCAAUCCAGCAAGUGGAACCUCCAUCAAGUCAUAACUCAUUGGCUCACGACGAUAACUUCUCAGAUAGCAGCGAAGAGGAAGACGACCUGGAUUGUGUAGAUGGUCCUCCGCCGAUGAGUGAUCGUCCGAUUACGGCAAAAAGCCUGAUCGAAAUGUAUGAAAAAGCCUUGCCAAAAGUUGAAAAUCAACCGGUUGCUGCAGCUCGUCAGCAGUUAUACGUACCCAAAGAUGCCUAUUUCCAUGACCUACCCAAUAAACCAAAACCACCUAUGAAACCGCCAGAUCUGACUAUAAAUUCGUUACGUCCAACACUGCCCGAUCAAAUUCCCAUAUCGGUUCACGCCAGAAGUCGGAACCCACUUCCUUCAUAUCUCAACGAUAACGAGAUAUUUAAUCCCAACCAACAUCCUUUCCCUCAAAACCCUCUCUCGGAUAGAGUCCAAUCUACUCCCACUCUCUAUUAUCCAUCACCAUCUCCCCAAUUUAUAAACGGUAACGACUAUCCAACACCCUACCAUCAGCAUUACGUUCCUCAUGUGCCCGUUCAAGAGAAACUGCUCUCGAGCCGGAAGUACAUAAACCCGUCUUUUCCCAUGUCCGGCUGUAGCACGGGAACUCCCUCACCUGAGUUCCCCUACCAGUUAGUCAGUGGACAACCGCCCUCGCUGCAGCAUCUACACCAACCACAACAGCACCAGCAUCUACCGCAUCAGCAACUGCAGCAGUUCCGUAAAUCACAGGACAACCUGUCCAACGACGAUUCCGGAUAUAUCAGUGCCAAAGUUAGUGAAAUCCAUGGCCCUGCCGUGGGCGCCAGCAACGGAAGCCAUUCGCCAAUGCAACCGAUGGAAGUGAUUCCGAUGCCGCGGCAGUUCAUACCGUACAGCAUGGCGAAUACUGCAGCCAUGCUCGAAGGUGCCGUCGGAGGUAUUGGAACCGGGCCGGGUAGCACCACGAAUAUGUACGACGAACAGCCCCAUUAUAAUCUUGGCGCGUCAAGUCUGGUGUAAGGAGGACAAUCGCCAGAUAUGGACGUCCAUCAUCGACAAAUUGUGAAUAGGCUUUAAAUAAAUGUUUUAGCUCUAGCCGUUUUAAAUUAUUUUAUGUUUUAGCGAAUACUUGUAUGUUUUAGUAAUUUAACAACGAUUUUACUCAUUGUUUUAACUUUUUUUUGUAUCAAGAAGCUUUGUUUUACGAAAUGUUUUAAAAUGUUGUAUACUUCUGAUAAUAAUCGUCUUUGGUUUUUAUACAACUAUGUGAAAUGUGUGUAAAUAAAACUGAAUAAUA